GGGAAAAUUGGAGUUAAAUUUAAUGUUGGGACAGAUGACAUCGCCAUCGAAGAGUCCAAUGCAAUCAUUAACGAUGGGAAAUACCACGUGGUCCGUUUCACGAGAAGUGGCGGCAACGCCACGUUACAGGUGGACAGCUGGCCGGUGAUCGAGCGCUACCCUGCAGGGCGUCAGCUCACAAUCUUCAAUAGCCAAGCAACCAUAAUAAUUGGCGGGAAAGAGCAGGGCCAGCCCUUCCAGGGUCAGCUCUCUGGGCUUUACUACAAUGGCUUGAAAGUUCUGAAUAUGGCAGCCGAAAAUGAUGCCAACAUCGCCAUAGUGGGAAAUGUGAGACUGGUUGGUGAAGUGCCUUCCUCUAUGACAACUGAGUCGACAGCCACUGCCAUGCAGUCAGAGAUGUCCACGUCGAUCAUGGAGACCACCACGACCCUGGCUAGCAGCACAGCCAGAAGAGGAAAGCCCCCUACGAAAGAACCCGUUAGCCAGACCACAGAUGACAUCCUUGUGGCCUCAGCAGAGUGUCCCAGUGAUGAUGAGGACAUUGACCCCUGUGAGCCGAGCUCAGGUGGGUUAGCCAACCCGACACGGGCAGGCGGGAGAGAGCCGUACCCGGGCUCGGCAGAAGUGAUCCGGGAGUCCAGCAGCACCACGGGCAUGGUCGUGGGGAUCGUAGCCGCUGCCGCCCUGUGCAUCCUCAUCCUGCUCUACGCCAUGUACAAGUACAGAAACCGGGAUGAAGGCUCCUACCACGUGGACGAGAGUCGAAACUACAUCAGUAACUCAGCACAGUCCAAUGGGGCUGUUGUAAAGGAGAAGCAACCCAGCAGUGCUAAAAGCUCCAACAAAAACAAGAAGAACAAGGAUAAAGAGUAUUACGUCUGAGCCCAAGAUCUGAAAAAGGACCCUUGUAUAGAAAUAGUCUUCAUUUUAUCCAAGACAUAAUAUAAACUUAUUUACUUUCCUUUUUAUGAAGCACAUACAAAAGAAGACAGGGAAUGCAAUCAGGAAGGAAAGACUGUUUUUAAAAAAUAAAAACAAGUAUCUCAUGCUCUUGUUUCUCCAAAAAAGAAAAAAAAAAAAAAAAAAAAUAUGUCAAUAAAUUCCUUAACAUCCACAGUGUUUUAAUUUACUCUGCCUGUCUUUAUGUUGCUGGAACAUUUCUAAAAGACAGUGAUGACCACAUGCAU